CGGAGGAACCAUGAUCCAACAACGAAGACUCCGCGCCCCCAAGCUGGGUGGCGGCCAAGCUUCCAUGAUGAGCAGCAACAUUAACCUGCUGAAUACCAUCAUCGGUGCCGGUACCCUCGCCAUGCCCCACGCCAUGUCCAAGUUCGGCGUCACGCUCGGCGUCAUCCUGAUCGUCUGGUGCGGCCUCACCUCUGCCUUUGGUCUCUAUCUCCAGUCACGCUGCACGCGCUACCUCGACCGGGGCUCGUCUUCCUUCUUCGCGCUGUCGCAAAUCACCUAUCCCAACGCCGCCGUGGUGUUCGACGCGGCCAUUGCCAUCAAAUGCUUCGGUGUCGGCGUCUCGUACAUGAUCAUUAUCGGUGAUCUGAUGCCCGCCGUGGCGGCAGCGUUCGGAGCGGGGAAUACCGGCUGGGACUUUUUGGCAGACCGCAGGUUUUGGAUCACCGUCUUCUUUGUCGUCUUUCUCAUCCCGCUGAGUUUUCCCAAGAAGCUGGAUUCGCUCAAAUACACGAGUUUGGUGGCACUGUUUUCGAUUGGGUAUUUGAUCAUCCUAGUGGUUUACCACUAUGCGGUGGAUGACCAUAGUGAGAGGGGCCCCAUCAGGCUGGUUACGUGGGAGGGACCGGUGGCUGCUUUGAGCAGUCUGCCGGUGAUGAUCUUUGCGUAUACUUGCCAUCAGAAUAUGUUCUCCAUCGUCAACGAGAUCAAGGAUAACUCGCCAGCUAGUCUUGUCGGCGUCAUCGGCUCCAGCAUUGGCUCCGCUGCCUCGGUCUACGUUCUCGUCGCCAUCACCGGCUACCUGACCUUUGGCAACGAGAUCCAGGGUAACAUUGUCAGCAUGUACCCACAAUCACUAGCCUCCACCAUCGCCAAAGCCGCCAUCGUAUUCCUUGUUACCUUCUCCGUUCCUCUCCAACUACACCCCUGCCGCGCCUCCAUCGACGCUGUCCUGCGCUGGCGACCUGGCCGCUCUUCUCGCACGCAAAACGUCUACUCCCCACCCGGCUCCGGCAACCAACCCCUCUUGCCUUCUGGCGGUGCUCCUGGCGCUGCUCUCGACAGCCACGGCGCCCCCGUAGUCGCCAUGUCCGAACUCCGCUUCGCCUUGAUCACCUCGGUCAUCCUGAUCCUGAGCUACUUCACGGCCAUCAACGUGUCUAGUCUGGAUAGAGUGCUUGCCUACGUGGGGUCUACCGGGUCGACGGCCAUCAGCUUCAUCUUGCCUGGACUCUUCUACUACAAGAUCAGCGACCCGGAGAGUAUAUACCAUCAACGCCUCACCAAGGAAGACGACGAUGCCGAGUACUCCUCCUCCAGCUCAUCGUCUGCUAGCGAUGGGGACGAAGAAGAGGGGUCGCCAGGACCGUCUGGAUCUGGGGCUGGAAUGAGGGACAGCAUUGCUAGCUUGAGGAGCAAUACCAGCGUGGGAAGCAGGCUGGCAAGGACGCUAAAGAGGAAGUGGAGGUGGGAUCUGGAGCACUUGGAGACGGGGCUAUUGAGGAAGAUGGCGCUGGGACUGUCCAUCUAUGGAGUGAUUGUUAUGGUGGUAUGUUUGGGAAUGAACAUUGUGCUUGGGCAUGGGGGCCAUUAGACUCUAUUGUCCAGAAAGACGUUAGAUGGGGUGUUGGAGUAGGCGUUUAGACGGAAUGUUGAGUUUGCGUGGCGAGAGAUAUCGGAAGAUUGACAUGCUAUAUACUGUAUAUUCUGCGAGGAGUUGGCAGCAUUGGGCUAGCCGAGCUCAUGGCGAUGGGCGUUUAGGAUUUGGGAUAGUUGCGUUUUUGGGAUCUAAGAGCAGUGUAAGUAGGCAUGAUACCUACUUUAUGCAAACGAAUAUUACAUCUCCAUCCAAG